CAGAUGAUGGGGAUAAUACAGCGGUGCGGUGGAGGUGGUAUCUGUAAAGUGCUGCCUGUCCGGCUGACAGCUCCAUGAUCGCACUGUGGUGUUUUGGCUAAGGAGCUGCGCGCAGCAUGGGCACCGGAGAUUACAUCUGCGUGACGCUGCGCGGUGGUGCACCCUGGGGAUUCACUCUGAAGGAGGGAGAGGGGGACACCUAUAGACCCUUGAUUGUCACCCAGGUGGAAGAAGGUGGUCGUGCCUUCCUGGGUGGAGUGCAGGAUGACGAUGAGAUGGUGUCACUAAACGGGGAGCCAUGUGCUGAUCUCACCCUCUCAAAGGCCUUAGAGCUCAUCAACGCAUCAAUCGACUGUCUGCAGCUGCUUGUUAAAAGAUACAGCAUCAUCCCCUCAGAAGUCAGUGAAUCAGAGACAUCCUGUUGUGAGAGGGACUCUCCUGGUGAGGUUCUAGAGAGCACCACCCUCCACAUCGUCUCCACAAAGCACAGGUCCCAGAGCCCCAAGGAACUCUUCAUAUCCCGGGAUGAGGUCUCCCAUGAGGAUUUGGACAGCAACACAGAGUUUCCCAAGAGACCCCAGCUGAUUUGCACUCAGCUACAUGCUCCCUCAUUUGGGGAUCAGCGAGGCCAGGAGGAAAACGAUGGAGUUGCACAGAGGUGUCUCUCCCCUGGGGGCAUGGUGGAGCUCCAGGUGUCCCUCUCUGCGCAAACCCUGGACGACGUGGGCUGCUCUUCUCUUGGGAGUGCUCUUGGGAUCGAGGGAGAAUAUUCAAACAGAGAGGCCAUUAUAACAAUACCAACCAACACAACCACCACAUCUUUUAAUGUGCCCAGCUCUGUUAGAGAGCCACUCAGCCAGCGUGGAGUGGUCCUCAGCUCCCCUUCCAUGCUGGGGCAGGUGGAGGUCAUUUUGCAGCAGCAGCCAGCAGCAUCAGAAGCAGGGAGGGGCAUCCUGAGUGUGGGUGGCCCCAAGGUCGGUGGAAGCUUAGGAUCCCAAAGCGAAGGAGAAGAAGGAGGAGGGCACUGCAAGGGAGUCCCUGGGUCAUUGACUGUCUCAUUCGGAAUUCCCCCAGAAGAGGGGACACCAGCAGAGGAGCAGGACUCUGAUUCUGAGGGGGAUCAAGAGAAGCCCAACAAGCACAGGGCAAAGCAUGCCAGGCUCAGGCGUAGCGAGAGUCAGUCAGAGAAGCAGCUGAAGGAGGCCAAGUCCAAAUGUAAACGUAUAGCUCUUCUUCUUACGGCUGCUCCGCCCAACCCCAACAACAAAGGGGUGUUGAUGUUCAAGAAACAUCGACAAAGGGCUAAGAAAUUCACAAUUGUGAGCUACGGCACAGGAGAAGACGAACCAGAGUACAGUGACGAAGAGGACGAGGAAAACGAGGAAGACAAGCAAGGAACCCAAACUGUUGCGUUAACCCUUUUCGCUCCAAACAAUUCUGAAAUAGACAAGCAAUUUCUUGGUAAUGCCCAAAGAGGAAAAGGUGUGCUAACUAUCAACUUGGACAAGGGUCUCCUUGAGAUCGAAAAGAGCCUGAAAAACCAAGAAGAGAUGGAAUGUUUGCCUGAAACCAAGGGUAAGGGAGCUCUGAUGUUUGCCCAACGGCGUCUGAGGAUGGAUGAGAUUUCUGCUGAACAUGAGGAGCUAAGGAGCCAUGGUAUUCCAGUGGAAGGAGUUUUGGAGGUAGAAAAGAAGAUAGCGGAGCACUCCUACAUGCAGUCCACAACAGAGGGCCAUGCUUACAUGGAUGUAAAUAUACACCAACAAAGCCAACAUCAACAACAGCAAUAUCAGGAGCAGCAAUACUAUGAGCAACAACAGAAAUACCAACAACAGCAACAGCAAUACCAACAACAACAACAACAGCAAUACCAACAACAGUAUCAGCAGCAGCAGUAUGAACAACAGCAACAGCAUUAUCAGCAGCAGCAAAUGUAUCAGCAGCAGCAAGUAUAUAAUCAAGAACAGCAAAUGCAGCACUAUUCUACAAACAUCAAUGGCACAGUCCAACAACAAACCAGUGAAAUGCAGAGCUCUUUCAGCAAUCGUACUGCAAAGCCUUUUUCAGCAGAAAACAUAGAGCCUACCCCUUAUUCUCCCGCGAUGAGUGGGACCAAUCAAGAUUCUAUGGGCCAAGGAGAGCAGAUAGCUUCACGAGAUGAGCGCAUUUCUACCCCUGCUAUUAAGAGUGGUCUUUUGAUGGAUGCAAGGAGAAGAAACGUGGGCAAGCCUAUGUUCACUUUUAAGGAUGCCCCAAAAUUAUCACCGAACCCAGCCUUGCUAAACCUCUUAAACAGGGGUGAUAAGAGGUUGGGCUUUGAGUCAGGAGGUGAGGAAGACUACCUCAGCCUUGGAGCUGAGGCUUGUAAUUUCCUCCAGUCUUCAAGAGGUAAACCCAAGAUUCCUCCACCGGUUGCUCCAAAGCCUGUGAUCAACCCCAACUCUCCUCUUUGGUCCCCACAGCUAGAGGUGACAAACCAGGACAUGCCUCAACAGGCUGAAAAUAGUUUGACCACACCUGCUGUAGCCCCCACCACAGAGACUACUCUUGCUCCAGAACUAGAGCCAACCCCUGCACCUGCCCCUGAGCCCUCUCCCCUUCCUGCCCCCCAGGAGGCUACUGCCAGCAACACAACAGAGGACCAGCACACAUGGACUCUCCAGCCAGAAUCUCAGCAACAGCAAUUGCAAGUUUCAACUCAAGAGGAAAAUUGUCAAAUGAAUUCUACGCUACAGCAAGAGCAUGCUCCUAUGACUAGCUGGUCUACAGCACAAACAGAAGCUCAACAACAGCCACCUACCAAUUCAUGGCCUCCAACUCAAGUGCAACCCCAGGAACCAACUCCAAGUCAGUCCCCACCACAACCACCAUGGGUGACACGUCAACCGCCCCAAGCACAGGUUCAACCGCCCUCAAAUACUUGGACCCCUCAAAUCCAGCCAUCAUGGAGUCAGCCUCAAGAGCAAACACAAGCCCAGGCGCAGCCGCCAUGGGUCCAGCCUCAAGAGCAACCACAUCCUCAACCCCAAUUUCAGCCAUCUUGGACACACACUCCCGAGCAGCCAAAUCUGCAGCAAAUACAGCCAACUUGGAGUCAACCCCAAGAUCCAAUGCGGCAGCAGCCUCAGGCCCAAUGGGCACAGCCAUCACAAACAGAUUCUCAGCAUCAACCACCAUGGGUGUCACAACAGCAGCAAAAAUCCCAACCACCUUGGGUUCAACAGGUUCAGCCAGAAUCACAGCCACAGCCACCAUGGGUUCAGCAACCACAGCAUCAGGCUGCUCAACAAGCAUGGCCACAGGUUCAAGCACAAGGCCAGCCUCAACCACCUUGGGUUUCAGCUCAGCCUCAACAGCAACAGCAGCCAUCAAUGAAUACAUGGCCUCCAUCAAAUGCUCAAGCUCAAGUCCAGCCUCCUUGGGGCCAAGCAGCCCAAACACAGCCUCCUGCACAGCCCCAAGGCAAUUUGAAUCCAUGGGCACCAGUACCUCCACAUUCUGACUCCCAACCAUCAUGGGCCCAGAACCCUUCAAUGAAUUCUUGGGCCCAAGAUCAAAACCCUGCUCACCAACAACCACCUUGGGCUCAACCAGUUCCAAGCCAGCCAGCACCACAGUCAAACUGGCAACAGUCCCCUUCAAAGACUCCCCCACAGCCACCAGUGAAUACAUGGCCUUCAACUCAGAGCCAGCCUCAGAGACCUGAGAAUGCCUGGAUACCACAGCCUCAGCAGACACCUGUGAAUGCUCCUACCUCGAUAAUGAACCCUCGUCCCUCUCCAAAACCUUGGAAUCCACCACAAAGUUCUCCCCAAAGUCGGACUCCUCCACCUCCGCCACAGCGAAUGCACUCUUUUACAAUUGGCCAAAGAGUUUCAUCACCCAUCAACCCAAUGGCCACCGUCUUAAAUCCAUCUUCCCAAGGUUCAGCUUUUGAGAUGCCAGCAGUAAGAGGGAAAGGAGCUGAUAUGUUUGCCAAGAGGCAGUCCCGAAUGGAAAAGUUUGUUGUGGACUCUGAGACUGUGGAAGCAAACAAGGCAAGCAGACCACCAUCCCCAGUUGCUUCAUUACCCAAUGAGUGGAAGUAUACACCCAAUGUACGUGCUCCACCUUCACGGUCUUUUAAUCCUAUACAGUCCCCUUCUUAUCCCCCAGCAGCAACAAAGCAGCCUCCGCCAAGUAACCCUUCAUCCAAAGCCAAGAAAAAAGAGAAGCAGAAGCCUGCACCUAAACCCCUUAAUGUUAUAGAUGUUAUGAAGCAUCAGCCCUAUCAACUUAAUUCUUCACUCUUUACCUAUGGCCCAGCAGCAGAGGCUGCCAAGCCCCCUGCACCUAAACCUGAAUGUCCUCCUCCUAACCCACCUGUAGAAAACCAACCAAUUCACUAUGAGCCAAUGGCUACUGUUCAGCAAGCUGGACAGUACAGUGCCCAAUAUCCACAGCAAGCCUAUGGGAUGCCCAUGCAGCCUUUGAUGCAUGAUGGCCACUACCAACAAAACCCAGUUAAUGCUUAUCCUCCCUCAAACCCUUACCAACAACCUCCAGGUGUUUCAUACCAACAGUCAUAUAACCAACAGUAUCAGCAACCUGCCCCACCUCUUUAUCAACCCCAAUCCCCUCAGUCUCCAAACUCUCCCUACCAGCAGGCUCCACAGACCCCUUACCAGCCAGCUAAUAGCCCUCCCUACCUAGCAGCUCCCUCAGCACCUUACCAGCCACAGCCUCCCUCAAGCUACGUUGCUCCUAGUUUUCCUAUUGCGGCAAGGCCUGAAUCUGUAUCAGGUGGCAGCACUGCAGCUGCUCCUAAACCUAGGUUUACUGCUAAAAAGAGCUCGGCUCAGGUUUGGAAGCCUACUGCAGUGGAGAAAGAAUAAUUCAUGUAGAAUCAUGAUUUGUUUGAUGUCUGUGUGAAUCUGAGGGUUGGAGCUCCUUCAUUUUUGAGCACAUACACUUGCUUGGGCAAUGAGCAACCUAACCUUUACCCACUCUUGUUAUUGUCAUAAGGACGAGCUGGAUAUUUUUGAAAGUUGAGGGAUUAUAGGAAUGGCAUCACAAACAAUUUAGAAAGUAAAAAUGACAAGAUGGGGGUAUAUCUUAACAGGCACAAAAAUAGGCUAAAUGAAUUUGUAACUACAUGUUUAGCAGUGUUUUUUACGUGUUCUCAAAAUAUGAUGCACAUGAUAUUUCACUUCAGUUAAUCACCAUAAGUAAUUUUAUUUAAUGUUAAGAAUCUAAAGGAUGGCAGUAUUAGAAUGUAGGUGAGAAAGGUGUUCGGUAAAGAUUUGAAAGAAAGGAGUGAGAAAUAAAAGAAAUCAGUGAAGGGUUAGACAGUGACAACAGCAAGUCAAAAUUAUGAAGAGAAGAAAUACUAAAUGUGCCUUUGGUUUUUUGAUCGACAGACAACAUCAAAUAAAAAAGAAGUUCCAUAAUUUAUAAGUGGUAAAUGCAAAAUUGAAUAGACUUAAGAUAGAAAUGAAGACGUGAGAAGGAAGGGUGUGGUCCUUUUGGUGUAAUGAUACCAAGCUGAAGGCUAAAUUUGCAAUGUCAGUGAAGUCAUAGAGCAUAGAUUAUGUAACAACUCAAUGGAGUUCAAAUUAAAGCUAAAAACAUCAAUACCCCUAGAAAAACAAAAAAACACUUUCUCUCUUAAAUUUUGAUUUUAGUAAACAAUUCAUUCUUCGUCAGCUUCCCCCAGCGUUUUUUCCAUUGCACUACAUAUGUGGGUUAAAUUUAUUUUAAGCUUUGUAACCAGCUGUUGCGUCAUGUCAGCAGCUAUUUUUGAACUGCCUCAUGAGAGGUAGUGCUGAUGUCCAGAGAUAGUAGGCUUAAAUAUCAACUUAAACCAUUGAAAGCUUCUUAAUCUCAGACCCUCGUAGUAUUUUUUUUAUAAUAACAGAAAAAUAUAUAACAUUUACCACAGCACCAGCUUCACUCUUCCUUGCAACUUCUUCUGCUUUUGUUUUAUAUGAAUAGAUGUUUAAUGAUCUAUAAAAGAAGAAUUAUUGAAAAGAUAAUCAGCCUGGUAAUGUAAACAAAUAUAUAUUAGAUACAGGGCUGCUUUUGUUCUUCAUGUUCUUUUCUGUUUCCUUUUCUUCUGUGUGUUUUUCCUCCUGCACUUUUCUGUAUGAUUUACUGCAGUGCCAUUAAAAUGUCUUUUAUCCUUGUUUGGCUUUACUCUUCUUUUCUUCCUUGGGCAUGCUUUUGGGUUUCUUCUGUUUUCUUUUCAUCUUGCUGCAUUUCCCCAUUUCCCCAGACAUGCGCCUAUAAAUACUGUCAAGAUUAUUCUAUAGCCGCUCAAACAUUUCAGUUGCAAAAUUAAAAACCUACAUGUGCGAUCUUCAAAUCCAGUGUUGCAAAAAUAUAUUCCUUUCUUGGACAUCAAAACGGAAUACAAUUUAUUCUCUGAAGCUUGUUAACAUCAGCAAGAAACACCUCAUUAUCCAAAUCACCUACUUUUACAGCUAUUGAGGUGAAUGCUGUAGAAGCACAUUCCUGAAGAAUGACUACCUGAUGAUGCAUUCACAAGGGGUAUUAUUAGAUUGGUGACUUCACUGAACACAAGCAACCUCACUGGAUAACUCUGGAGGUCAAGUUAGUGGGUCACUGAUGAAAUGUAGAUAUGUGUUGUGUAAUGCAUUUUCUGAAAGGGCAGCUACAUGAUUAGUGGAAGUUUCGAGAUCAAAUUGUGUCUUAAGUUGGCAGAUAUCUGCAUCUAUAUUUGGAGGUAUUUGAAUUCUACUCAAAUAACAGCGGUUUAGCUCCGUUGCUGUGCUGCAGUUAUUGAUUAUUCAUGUCCUCAACUUGACCAUACUUGGUGCAUUUACAUUUCAGAUCUGAACCAUAUACAGUUUUAUUUGCCAAUUAAUUAUGUGUACACGGUUUUCACUGUGAAGAAAUACAAUUCAGACACAUUUUAGUCUCAUAGUGAAUUCAUGCUAUUGCCCCUAAACAGUUAUACAUAAUAAUACUUCUUAUAACUGAGCUUUCUUCAGAAUUGGGAAGAAAUGUGGCUCUUCAUUUCUCAGAUUUAGAUCCCAUAUGAGUAUUUUCUUAAAGAGGUGUUUUAAAAUAGAGGUCUCUAAAUGCACAAUCCCAAUUUAUCAUAUGCUUAUGUACAGUGACUAAGAUAUAUGUUUAACUCUGAAUAAAAGAAGCUACAUAAUAGACACAAUAGAAAAUAUAUCAAUACUGACAAUCAUUCCCAGUAUAUUAAAAAUAUUACCUGGGGUUGCUUCCUUAUCCUACUCAUAGAUUUGUUUGUUUUUUGCCCUAAUCCAAGAUGACUCUGCCAUAGGCAUGUUAGGCCUACCAGGUACCUUAUUCAGUCGAUAACUUAUUCCCCCUUGAGUCAUUCAGCCACAUUUCCCUUAUACAUAUCUGCACUCUCCUCUGUUGUUUUUCUUUAUUUUUUUGCCUGUCACCAUCUACUGAUCUUUCACAUAUUCCACCAGAUGAGGGCAGCACUGCCCUUUUUUUUUUUUUUAAAACGUGUGCCAUGUACAACAAAAGAUUGAUCGGUUUAAGUGAAUUGCAUGAUGUUCUCACCCAACCUUCAACCUUUGGCUAUUGCAUUUUGCAUUUCACAUUUCACAUUUUCAGCAAGUGGUCUUAACUUCAAAAUGUUGCUGUCCUGCAAGGUAUCUCCAAUAAAAUCAACAAUAUUGCAAUAAAACAGCAUAUUUUGGUCAGACUAUGGAUACUUAUAUGCCUGUUCUAAGAAGAAAUGAGGUAAUUCAGUCUCAGUCGCAAAAGCAAUGUGGUAAGGAGGCUUUUUGUGGAAGUAACAAUUAAAUCUUAAAUGGUAGGUUAAAUCUAAUUUUAUCCUACCAAUUCUCCACAGCUCUUUGCAGUUAUCUGAUUUUGCCAGGUAAAAAAUGUUUGUCCAUAGUCCUAAAUUCAAUCAAUGAAAUCAAUAUGAGGGUAUUACAUCACUUAAAGGAAAUGUGUUAACAAACAACUACUUUCUUGUCUGACAUUUUCAGGCUGGUUGGAUUUUGCUCGAGGACAGCCAAACUAAAAUGAGCCCUUACUAAAAUAAGCAUGUCUGGAUCUUUCU